GUUUGUCUAAGUCUGAGUCUAUGGUAUUCGUUGUAGGUUAUUGUGUUUGUUUAAUGUUGGUGAACCGUGACCAGCAUCAAUGCUCCCGCAAUCCAUAUACAAAGGUGACCUUUGGAUGUUGCCGGGCCGUUCGUAUUUACGUCCAAAUAUAGCUAUGUCUAUAAUUAUACAUUGCAGUAGAGUUGGGUAUGUAUUACUAGUUCAGUGUGUGUGUCGUUAUACCCUGCUAGUUUUGGGAAGAUGCUCAUCAACCUCGGCCAUACAGCUGGAGUAUUCACAACACGGAUGAAUGAGGAGGGUAUGUACUCCUGGGUGGUGCUGGGUGCUUCCUUCACCACGCUGCUGAUUGGACCAAGUAUCACCUACGCCACUGGCGUGUUCCUCGUCGCCAUGUUGAAGGAGUUUGAAGAGGACUUGGUUCUUACAACCUGGGUAGGAUCGACUUUCGGCUGCAUGUUCGCCCUAGCAGGUCCAGUUGCCAGCGUGAUAAUCAACAUGUUCGACUGUAGAACGUGUGUGGUGAUGUCUGGUGUCUUGAUGAUGACUGGGUUUGCGACAAGUUUUCUGGUGACAGACAUAAGAUUCUUGUUUCUGACAUUUUCCUUAGUAGCAGGUUUGGGCAUGUCACUAGCAGGAACUGGAGCAAUAGUUGUUCUAGGAUACUACUUUCAUGAAAAUGCAGCCAUCGCUUCAAGUAUCUGCUUCACCGGAGCGGGAAUUGGAAUAUUUGUUCACCCAGCGCUUGUCCAGUUCCUUCUUGAGACCUACGGAUUUCAUGGAGCCUAUCUUAUAAUGGGAGGAAUAACGUUCCAUGCCUGUGCAGCCGGGAUGCUAAUGCGGCCACCUGUUGCUGAGAGGACAAGAAAACAACAUGUCUUGGGUGGUCAAACUCUGAGGAACAAGAUUUUGCUUUCAAUGUGUGGAACCUCGACGAUGAUUUUCAGUGUUAUUCAAAACGUAUCAUUCCUACUUUUUGUAGGCGGCAUUUUGUGUUUUGCGCUUGCUGUCUCGACACAAUAUCAGUUUCUCCCUGAAUUCUUUAUAACACAAGGGUCUACAUUAGAAGAAGCAUCGUUUGUUGUAUCAGCGUCCGGUGUAGGAAGUAUCUUCUCGCGAUUUCUCGUUGGAUUUGCCGCAAGUGACGAGAGGAUCGGUGGUGCCACAAUAUUUUCCUCCAUCAACGGGAUCAUGGCUGUUUUCGCAUUCCUUUUACCACUGUUCAAAUCAUCAACUUAUCCAAGAAUAGCAUAUGGAAUAAUCCUUGGGUUAUAUACGGGGGGUACGUGGGUUCUUAUGGCUACUUUGACUCUGGACAUUCUUGAUCUUCAAAACUUUGCGACAGGCGUGGGUAUCGGAAGGUUCUUGUGUGGCGCUGGCUUCUUGGUUGGCCCUCCCAUCGCAGGGACAAUGAUGGAACAAAGCGGCGAUAACAACAGUGCAUUUUUGUUUUCGGGUGCAAUGUUCUUCGGCAACUGUGUUUGGGUUUCUGUCAACUCUGAAGAGGAGAGCCCUGAACCCUCUGACACACUUCAGGACACAAGAGCUUGCCGAUAUUGCUGA